AUGGCUGGCCAGCAGUUCGUCUUCGCCGAGGCCAUCGUUGGCAUGAAGCGAGCCGUCGCGCGAUACGAUGCUUCUGACGAGGACGACUCGGCCACCGAAAUCGCCCGCUCUGUCCAGCACAAGCUCAAGCGCAAAGCCCCACGAUCGCACUCUAUUCUGGACAACGGCCGUUUCAUCUACAAGAAGCCCAAAAUCGACCACGCCGGCUACCAACGGCACAUCAUAGCUCGCAACCCUCCUCUGAUUGACGAAGACGGUGACGAAAUUGAAGACAUUGACGACGAUGAGUCUAUUGACGGCUCACUGGCCGAGGACAAUCCGUAUGGAGACAUCAGACUAGAGGAGCUUCUUGCGCCUCUUACAUCCGCCGCCGACCUAGCGACGCACCCAUCCAUGUCCAUACCGUACUACUCAAACCAUAUUACGGAACUGGCGAACAAUUCACGCGAGGUGCUCCAGAGGGAGGAGAAGAGUCUCUGGCGAGCAAAAUCUAUCAUGCACAAGCUUCUCGGUGACGACACAUGGCUUCCUGUGGGCUUGAUGGAGACGGACUAUGACCGAGAGGUCUUGAAUGAGCCUAUCCCCGCUGCAGCAGCCACUUCAGCGUCCGUGGGAUCUAUGGAUGCGGACAAAGUCGAGCGGCAAGGCGCGAGCUGGGAGGAUCCGGCGAAAACAUCGGAAGACAUCAACAUGCAGGAGGCCCUUCAGCCCGCGGGAAUCCAGCAGGCAGAGCUACAAGCACCGACCGGAGAGAGUGAUGUACCCAUGGCGAACGGCACCGAACGGCAAGAUCGCGGCCCUACGCGCGGCGAAUCGACCCAGCAAACGGAGGCCCAGCAGAAUGCUCGGUCGAACGGCACGAACCAUGACCUAAGUACGGACGCGCCAGGCCAGGUUGUCCACCAAAAUGGCGCCCAGCAAAAUGGUGCGGGCGGGGACAGACAAAUGGCGAACGCCGAUGCCCUCAAGCAAGAAGACCAGGGCGCAUCUGCCGAUAGCGCCGGGGACAGGAUGCAAGUUGAUAUCGCCAACGGAACGGCAGAAGAUGGCGGAAAUGACGCGCAGUCGGACGACGGCGAAGACAGCAACAGCCAGCAAACGUCACACCGCAUGACCACCCGCGCGCGACGUCGUGCGAACUCGCAAGCGUCUUCCGCUCCGGGAUCGCCGCACACUUUGUCUCCCGGAGCUCCUGCAGAGCUGCCCGUCCACCCCUUGUUUGAGUUUCCGGUCGAAAACCUCGUGGACCGCGACAUGGGCCUUCCGCAAAACGAGGCCGAGGACACGCGCACGUGGCUGCUCAUGUAUAUCCAGAAGCAGGAGGAAGUGGUCAGACAGACGCGUGCGCUUUACAUGGGGCUGAUGAGAGCGGACCGCAAGCGCAAGAUGGUGCUGAAGUGGGCCAAAGCUGAAGGCCAUGUUGGAGAGAUGAGUGACGGCGAGGACUGGGUGGACAAAGAGGAAUGGGGCCUGACGGAGGACCUGGUGAAAGGCAAGGAAGACGAGGAAGAGGACGGAGCGGUGCAGGGCAAGAAGACGAGAGCAAGGCGGAGAGAGGAAAAGUAG